CUUCAUUAGCAAAAUAUGGCGGCAUCCGAACAGCAGACGGAUUCCAGCACCAGCGUUCCCGAAUACGAAUACGUAGAUAUUAACACCAAACCUUUUCACAUCGGCGCUUUCAGAGAAGAAUGGCUGUCCAGACUGCGGCCAGAAGACUUUUCCUUCCAGCAGGAGGACGAAGCGACGUUUGAGGCUAACUUUGCUGCGGAGAUGGGUCUCGGACCGGAAACAAUGGCUGAGCUGAAGUCAGUCUGCAGUCUUAGUUCAAUUCGGUGCCAUGCCGAGGACGAGCAGCCCGAUACAGAAGUUGUGCCUCCAAACCCAAGGCUGAAAACUUUAAUCCACAGAAAAAGGAAGCAAGCUCAUGCACCCUCUAAUAACGCGCCCAAGAACAGGCAUGACCUCUAUGCUGAUGAACUGGAAAAAUUAACUAUCGGCAGGAUACCAGAAGCAGCGGCUGAUAUGAUCCCAGAGGGAGAAGUCAUUUUAACCAUCAACAUCUACUACCCUGCUGUUUAUGAAAAAUUUAACUACGUCAGACCUCACAUGACUCUGCUGAUGACUGGCUCCCACAGCCUGGCUGAGCUCAGGGACGGUAUUUGCUGCGUCAGUGACUUGCAAGUGUGCGGCGAGUUCAGCAAGACGCCAAAUACAGCUCUACACUUCAUCAGCCAAGAUCAUUUCAAAUCGGCAUUCUUUUUCUUCGAGGGAGUUUUCUACAACGACAUGAGAUUUGCUGAGUGUCAGGACAUCAGCAUGACCACUAUCGAGUGGGCAAAGGCACACAACUUUCCCACGUUCAGGCAGGCCAAGAUGGAGGACACGCGGUUUGUGGAUCUGAGAGUCAAAGUGGGAUUCCCAUACCUCUACUGCCAUCAGGGAGACUGCGAACAUCUCGUCAUCAUUACAGACGUCAGACUGGUCCACAAGAAUGACUGCUUGGACAAGAAGCUGUAUCCACUUCUCACGCACAAACACAGAUCCCUCACUCAGAAGUGUGCCAUUUGCCAUGUCUUUAUUGGCAGGUGGUACACCACCAACGACGAGUUUGCCCCCAGUGACCCAUGUCUGUUCUGUGAGAAGUGUUUCUUGAUGCUGCACUAUGACCAUGAGGGCAACAAACUGGGAGAGUUCCUGGCUUUUCCUUAUGUGGAUCGAGCAGCAUUUAACUGAUGUUUUACAGAGGUGCUCAGAUAUUGAUGCAAUGCCCGAAACGACCACAGAUUUUGUUUAGAAUAACGAAUGUUAGUGGCUGUAAAUAUAAACUUAUUUUUGACAUUGUUGCACAAGUCAUUAGUUCCACUUUGUAUUUAUUUCUUUGCAAUAUUAUUUUGUAUUAAAUAAAAAAUAUAAUUGAAGUAGCA